GGUCGUCUUAUAAAGGUCUUAAAAAGCCAUUUAUCAGGCGGAAACAAAAUCCGAGCGUUUAAUGGUUGGGUCAUGCCUAUGUUAACAUAUUCCUUUGGCAUACUAAGGUGGACGCAAUCAGAGCUGGACGUACUAGACAGAAAAGUCAGGCGAUUGUUAACGGCAUACAGAAUGCAUCAUCCACGUUCGUCUGUAAUGAGGUUGUAUAUUCCUCGGAAAUGUGGGGGUCGUGGUAUUUUGAAUGCCAAGGAUCUACAUAACCGAGAGAUAUACAACCUUAGGGAAUAUUUCCUUAAGAUGAACGUGAAUAUGUAUCGGGAUGUCGUUGCAGUCGAUAAGGGGCUAACUCCGCUAUCCUUAGCUAACGGGAAUUGGAAGAGGCUGAAGGUAGAGAGUAUUUCAGAUCGCAUAACCGUAUGGAGGAGCAAGGAGCCUGAUGUAGACCAAUUAGCUUCCGUGGCCUGGUUACGAUUCAGUAACCUCUUUGGGGAAACUGAAGGUUUUAUCUUUGCAAUUAUGGACGAAGUUAUCAUGACGAACAACUACCGGAAAUAUAUACUAAAGGAUGGGACGGUCGACAUUUGUCGGGCAUGCUACCGUCCGGGAGAGUCUAUUAGACAUAUUGUUUCUGGCUGUUCUCGGUUUGCUAACGGCGAGUACUUGCAUAGACAUAACCAAGUGGCUAGGAUUAUCCAUCAACAACUUGCUCUGAAAUAUGGUUUUCUUGAUUCUGCUGUACCUUAUUACCAAUACCAACCUCAACCAGUUCUAGAUAAUGGUCAUGUUACGCUCUACUGGGACCGGUCUAUUAUCACGGAUAGGUAUAUUGUUGCCAAUAAAUCUGAUAUUGUGAUAAUAGAUCGAUCUGCGCGUCGAGCAGUGUUGGUUGAUGUCACCAUUCCUCAUGACGAGAACCUCGUGAAGGCAGAAAAGGACAAAUUAAUAAAAUAUUUAGACCUGGCCCACGAGACUACCGCCAUGUGGCAUGUUGAUUCAACCAUCAUUGUUCCAAUAGUUGUAUCGGUACACGGCUUGAUAGCGAAAAGUUUCGAUCAACAUCUUAAGAAACUUUCGUUAUCCAGCUGGGUUAAGGGCCUAAUACAGAAAGCAGUUAUCCUCGAUACUGCACGCAUUGUGAGGAGGUUUCUCACUCUGGAGUCCUAACCACUGGUGGCUUGUGUCGUAGACACCGCCAUCAGCGGCAAUCUAUUUUUAUAUAGUGUUUUUAAAAAAUUGUAUUUUUAAUAUCUUUUUUAAAAAAUAUUAUGUAAUUAAUAAGAUUUUAAAUAAAUAUAAAUAAAUAAUAA